CAGCUGCUGAGGCUAGCUGUGACGCUGCUGCGCUCUAAUAACGCGUAAAUAUAGAAAGCAGCGAUGUUGCACUUUAUGUAACGUGUUUAUUAUAUUAGUAACGUGUUGGUAUCUGAGUCUGCGGCCGGACGGAAACAUGGAGGCCGGAGAAGAAGGCGCCAGCAGUGCCACGCCCACCGAGGAGAUGAACGGCGCCGGGAACCUGAUGGACUUCCUGGACGAACCGUUUCCUGACGUGGGGACGUACGAGGACUUCCACACCAUCGACUGGCUGAGGGAGAAGAGCAGAGACACAGACCGACACCGCAAGAUCACCAGUAAGAGUAAAGAGUCGUUCUGGGAGCUGAUCAAGUCUCUGCUGGACGCCUGGUCGGGCUGGGUGGUGAUGCUGCUCAUCGGGCUGCUCUCAGGUACGCUGGCGGGCGUCAUCGACCUGGCGGUGGACUGGAUGACCGACCUGAAGGAGGGCGUGUGCCUGUCGGCGUUCUGGUACAGCCACGAGCAGUGCUGCUGGACGUCCAACGAGACCACCUUCGAGGACCGGGACAAGUGUCCGCAGUGGCAGAAGUGGGCGGAGCUGAUGACCGGCCAUGCUGAUGGCGCCGGAGCGUACCUGCUGAACUACUUCCUGUACGUCCUGUGGGCGUUGUCCUUCUCCCUGACCGCCGUGUCCCUGGUGAGAGUCUUCGCUCCGUACGCCUGCGGCUCCGGGAUCCCAGAGAUCAAGACGAUCCUCAGCGGCUUCAUCAUCCGUGGUUACCUGGGGAAGUGGACGCUGCUGAUCAAGACGGUGACGCUGGUGCUGGCGGUGUCGUCGGGCCUCAGCCUCGGGAAGGAGGGGCCUCUGGUGCACGUGGCGUGCUGCUGCGGGAACCUGUUCUGCAGCCUCUUCUCCAAGUACAGCAAGAACGAGGGCAAGCGGCGAGAGGUUUUAUCCGCCGCCGCCGCAGCCGGAGUCUCGGUGGCGUUCGGCGCCCCGAUAGGAGGAGUUCUCUUCAGUCUGGAAGAGGUCAGUUAUUAUUUCCCUCUGAAGACUCUGUGGCGCUCGUUCUUCGCCGCGCUGGUCGCCGCCUUCACGCUGCGCGCCAUCAACCCGUUUGGCAACAGCCGGCUGGUGCUGUUCUACGUGGAGUACCACACGCCGUGGUACAUGGCGGAGCUGGUGCCCUUCAUCCUGCUGGGCGUGUUCGGGGGUCUCUGGGGGACCCUCUUCAUCCGCGCCAACAUCGCCUGGUGCCGGCGGAGGAAGACCACCCAGCUGGGGAAGUACCCGGUGCUGGAGGUCAUCGCCGUGACGGCCAUCACCGCCGUGCUGGCGUUCCCCAACCCGUACACGCGGCGCAGCACCAGCGAGCUGAUCUCGGAGCUCUUCAACGACUGCGGCGCCCUGGAGUCCUCGCAGCUGUGUGACUACAUCAACAACCCCAACAUGAGCCGCCCGGUGGACGACAUCCCGGACCGCCCGGCCGGGCCCGGCGUCUACAACGCCCUGUGGCAGCUCGCCCUCGCCCUGGUCUUCAAGAUCGUCAUCACCAUCUUCACCUUCGGCAUGAAGAUCCCGUCGGGUCUCUUCAUCCCCAGCAUGGCGGUCGGAGCCAUCGCCGGGCGGAUCGUCGGCAUCGCGGUGGAGCAGAUGGCGUACCACCACCACGACUGGAUCAUCUUCAGGAACUGGUGCCGCCCGGGCGCCGACUGCGUCACGCCGGGACUCUACGCCAUGGUGGGCGCCGCCGCCUGUCUGGGGGGAGUGACCAGGAUGACCGUGUCCCUGGUGGUCAUCAUGUUCGAGCUCACGGGGGGGCUGGAGUACAUCGUGCCCCUCAUGGCGGCCGCCGUCACCAGCAAGUGGGUGGCCGACGCCUUCGGGAAGGAGGGGAUCUACGAGUCGCACAUCCAGCUCAACGGAUACCCCUACCUGGACGUCCGGGACGAGUUCACCCACCGCACGCUCGCCACCGACGUGAUGCGGCCGCGCCGGAGCGACCCCCCCCUCGCCGUGCUCACGCAGGACAGCACCACGGUGGAGGACGUGGAGACGCUGAUCAAAGACACGGAUUACAACGGCUUCCCCGUGGUCGUGUCCCGGGAGUCGGAGCGGCUGAUCGGCUUCGUCCAGCGCCGAGAUCUCACGCUCGCCAUCAAAACGGCUCGUCAGAAGCAGGACGGCGUGGUGAGCAGCUCCGUGGUCUACUUCACCGAGGACGCUCCUCAGCUGCCGGCGAGCGACCCGCAGCCGCUGAAGCUGCGACGCAUCCUGAACCUCAGCCCGUUCACCGUCACAGACCACACCCCCAUGGAGACCGUGGUCGACAUCUUCCGUAAGCUGGGGCUGCGGCAGUGCCUGGUCACCAGGAGCGGGCGUCUCCUCGGCAUCAUCACCAAGAAGGACGUCCUGCGCCACAUGGCUCAGAUGAUGAACCAGGAUCCAGAGUCCAUCAUGUUCAACUAGCGGCGGCGUAGAUACGUGAACCCCCCCCCCACCUCCUGACAGGCAAGUCCACGGCGCCGCUCGGCGUGUUUCAGUUCCACGCCGCCGGGGGACGGACUCUUUUAUUCGUAUCAACACAUUUCAAACCCUCACACGUCCGAAGACGCAGGGAAACGAGUCGGAGGAGAUUUUAAAAACUUCCUGAUCGUCUCCGCUGCCGUCGAGUGAAACAAAGAAAAGCGUCUCGUUGCCACACGUUGUGUCCGUUUCUUCUUCUAUGGUUUUGUUUGGUGCUGCUAGUUUAAAUAACACAUUGAGAAAGUGACCCUCAAGGGAAGAGCUGAGACUGAAGAGUUUAAAUCUGUUAGUGAAGCUUCAGGGAACAAUCACAGGACUGGAGAGUUCAAAUCAUUUCUAAUAAUCUUAACAUGAAGCCUGAAGCGCUGAGUCAGCGUUUAGUGACUCGGCUCAAACUCACGAGUUGGUAAAGAGAAGAUUUCAGUAUCGAGAUGAAAUGAGAGAAAUUAAUCUGUGGUCGGAUUCCUCCAAUCAAAUAAUAUGUAGGUUUGUGAAAAGGUACAAGAAAACAAGCUGUUCUGGGACCAGUUGUCUUUACUGUAGAACCCUGGUUUCAUUUGGGACUGUUGCACUUUGUGUUAUUUUCCAUGUUGCUGCCAUAUUUAUAUUAACGUUCAUAUCAAUGUUCAUUUUAAUGAGUCUGUUGUUUGACCUGAACUCGUUUCUCUUUCUGUCUUUUCUUUGUGUCAAAAGGUAAAAAAGCCUUAAAUGUGAUUUAGUCUGAUUCUCUGCAGAAACACAGAUAUUAAUGUUUCUCAUCAAGGCCUCUACACACACACAUGGAUCAGAUGUGUGGAUCGUUACCGGUGAUGAUACACACACGAGAACAUGUUUACAAUCUGAGGAAGAAGAAAAUCCAACACUCCAGAUUAUAAUCUCUGUUUUCCAGUCUCUCAAUCAGCUGGAGGGUUUUCCUCUGAACAGAAAGACUAAAACAAAACGGAAACAGAAACUCAGAAUAUCUCCGUCCCUAAAUAUCCAGAAUAAAAACCCUGGUGGUGGAUCUGUCUCCAUAUAAGAUCUUCACCAGAUGACACAUUUCUGGAUCAAAAGCUUCAUAUUGGAGCCAAACCAGUUCCAACCAGUGAACCUGCUGGUUAGAACCGACGACCCAGUGUCUCCCACGUGUAGGCGGGGCCUUGAUGACAAGUUGGUUGCAUAAAUGAUAAAAUAAGCUCAAGUUAAACUGACUGUAUAACUGAUGAUCCAGUAAAUCUGUCGACUUCGAAUCUAAAGCUAAAUAAGUCGUCAGAUUAGUUUUAUUUAAGUGAAGUAAAACGACCAGGAAGCUGCUGGUGUUUCUCCACAGACUGAAGAACAAACCUUUCUCUUUAAAGUUGUGUGUCUGUGUGUGUGUGUGUGUAUGUGUGUGUCUCCUGCUCCUCCACGGCACAUGUAGUGACUCCUCCUGUUUGUUCUAACCUCCACGGAUCAGAGCUGCUUCAUCCAAACUGGAAACUUUGAGGGAACUUAAACUGAAGAAAACACUCGAGCUAACGAUCAAUGUUGUGUUUUUAAAAGCUACGAGAAUGUACUGGACUCAAUAACCGUGUAAAUAUAAUGAAGAUUUAUUGUUGUCGUCUCUAAUUUAAGUCCAUUUUGUCUGGAACACGCUGUUGUGUUGAGAUCUGCUUGUUUUUUAUUUGUCUAAACUCUAAUAUUUAUCAGAUCCAUGAAUCCAACAGGAAACGGACGUUUGCACUUUUUGUUUUUGUAAAUGAAGUGAUGGAAAAAUAAAACUGUUCAUCUGCAGACGAUGAACAAACACGA